GACAAUUAUCUUUUCUUAGGCAAGUGAGGUGUUUUUUUUUUGUUUGUUUUUGUGAUGAUCCAGUUUCCAAACCUGAUCAAAAAUAAUUUUCUCGCCCAUGUGUAUUACUUGCGAUUCGAUGGAAAGGAACACUUAAAUGAGAUACGUUUCUCUUUUGUAAAUUGUAAUUUUAUAGUUCUUUUUAUUUUUCUGCAUUUGUUUGUUUUGUUGCCAUCUGUGAACAUUUUCUUUGGUGUCAUGGAAGGAGUUGAGUUGAGGUGAAGAAGAAAUAUCAUAGAAUAGUACAGUAAAAUAUAAACUCGGUUUUCAGUCUGUCUGCAGAAUAUUUCCACUAAAACACGAAGAAUAAGGACAGAUUUGUCACGAUGAAAGAUAACAGGUAUCUGCCAGGGACAGUCCGUCGCGGCACCGCGCCGCUGACUUCACAUCCGCCCGCAGCGCGCCGUGCUUCCUGCCUUGGCGAGGGAGGGGACGGUGCUGACGGCUGGGAGGACGAGAGGAAAGACAAGAAAGCCUUUGGGAAGAUAAACAGAGUGGGGAACGGCCCGGGUUUCCACCGUCCGUCGGGAAAUAAACACCACAUUUUUUCGUAGCUGCUGGAUUUGUCACCCAAUCGGCGCUGAAAAUGUCGUCCAGUCGUCAGUAUAGCGAGAGCAGGGCCAUCCCGACCAGGACGGUGUUGAUCAACGACACAACGCAGCUACCUCAUGACUAUUGCACCACCCCUGGAGGCACUUUAUUCUCUACCACUCCCGGAGGAACCCGGAUCAUCUAUGACCGUAAGUUCCUACUGGACAGGCGCAAUUCCCCUAUUGCCCAGACUCCCCCGGCUCACCUGCCUGUCAUCCCUGGAGUGACCAGCCAAAAUGUCCUCAGAGAGAACAAGAAGAAUGAAGCCAACAACCACAUCAACAACCAUGAUGGGAAGCCCACAAACGGUGACGAUGCUCAGUUUGAAAUGGACAUCUAACAGACUGGGAACCUCACCAGCAAAAGCAAAUGACCUGGCAUCACACGUGCCAGUGGCUUGGCUUGUAGAAACCAAUGUUGUGAGCCCUCAUGGCAGCCAUCUUCUUUAGCUCUCUGUCUCGCUGCUGGAUGUAAUGUGUGUAAACCAUGGGGAUUCAGUGUAUCAUACAUACAGGUACAGUGUGGCCAACUCUGGAGAACUGGGUUCAUUUGUAUAGACUUCGGUGUUUACCAGUCGCUGUACAAAUGAACAACCACACAGCAAAUGGGGGCAGGCCUGAAUACUAUGUAACCAGACACAUUGUCCAGUAUGUCGAUCACAGUGCUCAUCUUAAAGCUUCUGUGAGUCAGGAUCUUUAACAGAGCACACCGUAAAACUGAUCAUAUUCCACGUUAAUUGGGGGAGGAGGUGGUAAUUUCGAGUACUGGCCUUAGAAUCAGUCAAAAGCUUUGAUAUUCAUCACAGUCUUUGGUUUUGAAGACCCAUGUUAAGCAUGUUAUUUAAGUGAUUUUUAUUUCUUUUUUUUUUUUGGAACUACUUGAAAAGCUCCACAAUCUUUUAUCGGUUGUCUGGUCUAGUUUCCCGUGAUGGUAUGUAAAAGGGAUGCUGUGUUUUUACUUUGCAGUUAGGUGUUAACAUUUGAUGCCAUUCCAAGAUUUUAGCUUCCUUUACCGACACAAGCCUGUGUGAGUUUCCGAUUUUUCAGGGGAAAAACUUUUAUUGUUUUUCAUCUUAGGCCGUAAUUUUAAAUUCUUUUGUAAUAAUGAGAUGAUUGUAUUUCCCACUUUCAUACAGAUCUAAUGAUAAAUUCGGCAAGCUUUUAAUUCAAAAAUUCUAUUUGUGUAGUUUAACAAUAUCAAGCCACUAUGGUGACCUUGCUAUAUAGAUCCAUUCACACAUCUCACUCCUGAAAGGGAAAAGUGUUUCUGUUCAGAUUUAGGGGUCACUUUGACGCAGCUGGUUUUGUUUUGGCGGGAGCUUUGUCUUCAAUUUGAUAACUCUAGCAAAGGUGUCAAUGGUUAAUAUCCCAAUUUUAAGUUUUUGGGUAAAAUACAAGAAGACUUUUGAAAAAACUUGAAAUAAUCCAGAUGUUUUAUAUGCAUUUUAUUUUUGAAUACAGUUUUAGUAUUGAUGGCAUUUGUUGGGGUAAGAGCACUGUCAAGCCUCUGAAUGAGUUCAAAGUGUCAAGGAACCAGAAGACAUUGUUUGCAUCAGGCUUGACGGAUGCCGUCCCUUAAUCUACAAACCUGUCCCCAGUGUCCUUAAUCCACUUAACAUUACCUUAUUCUUUUUCGUGUGUCAUGUGUGCCCAUGCCUUACUUUGAAUCAAAUGCAACGACAAACUGGGUUCCUUGUCAUCAAUUUGUACUUUCCGACAGAUGUUUAUUUUUUCACUGCAACAUCGAACAGGUAACAUUGUACUCGGCAAUUGAGCAGAAGAAGAACUUUUAUGUUUUUUUGGGUUUUUUUUCUAUAUCAUUUCCUUUUCCUCAAGCAGCUGUGAAGCUGCGUGAUGGGGAAUAUUUCAUUUUUUUUGGAUUCUGAAGUAAAGUUUUUUACACCAACAUCAUAGUCCUGUCUGCUAAGUAGCAGCUCUGAAGUUGGCAAAUAAACCGCCUCAAACUACUUUAAUUUUUCACUCAUACCAUGCAUUUGUUUGUCUGUAUGACUGGAACCACUGAAUGACUGAAAUGAUGUCUAUCAAAGAUUUUAUUUUUUCUUUCUGGCUUUGUAAUUAAUUCAGGCCAUGUUUUGACGACAAACACAUCAAGGGGGUUGCUUGAACCCAAUUGGCAUUGCACAUUUUUUGGCGAUAAGACUCUUUAUAGUACGGCAUCAUAAUUCAGUUUGCAGACUUAAUUUCAGAUCGGUUUGGUUUGACAAUGAGGGCUUAACAUUGUGUGUUGAAAGAGAUUUGAAACAAACUUACUGUAACUUUCUGUUCUGAUUUCAAAUAACUUUAUUUUAAAUGAAACUCCAAUGCCAGUGGACACUGUUGCUGCAAGAUCAAUAAAGUUCCGUAACAAAGGAAAA